AUGGAGCCUGACCAAGAUGAGCAUUCUCAUCCUGGGGAAGAAGGACUGGUUUGGACAGAGGAACAAGCUCAAAGUUCACACCCAAAGGCAGGCUAUAACAAGUUCACAGAGCAGGCACGGGGGAUGAUCUCUCAGGAAAAAAUAUGUGCUAUUUUCUGUGGAGGAAAGAAAUGCAAAUACUGUAAUCCAGACUUGUGGCCAAAAGAAAAAAUGGCCAUCAAGGGACUCUUUUCCAACUGGAUUACAGAGAACAUUGUUGCUAUGUCCAGACCAGCUGAUCAGCUGAUUGACAAAUAUAAGAUCAUAGAUCAGUUUAAAGAUAUGGGUAUCAGGACUAUCAUUAACAUGCAGUCCCAGGGUGAACAUGCUGACUGUGGCUAUGGAGUACUGCCUAGUAGUGGCUUCUCCUACACUCCUCAGAGAUUUAUGGAUAAUGACAUUUAUUUCUACAAUUUUUGCUGGCCAGACUAUGGUGUAGGAUCACUAAGCUCUAUACUUGACAUGGUGAAGGUCAUGCAAUUUGCUAUAUCAGAGGGCAAGGUCGCUGUCCAUUGUCAUGCUGGUCUAGGACGAACAGGGGUGAUGAUAGCAACCUAUUUAGUCUUCACAAACAGAAUUUCUGGUAACACUGCCAUCCAUUAUGUUAGAUCUCAGAGGCCAAGUUCUAUACAAACACGAGGACAGAUGGAAAUUAUACAGGAGUUUGAUGCCUAUUUGAAACCAUUUAGAAUUGUUUUUGCAUCAAAGGCUAAAGACACUCAUGAAUUUACACUACUCCACUUUUUAAACAGACAGAAACAUAUGUUACAUGGAUAUGAAGCUAGGAAAUUGAAGUUUGUGCCAAAAAUCAUAUAUGUGACAUGUGAAAGACUACUAGAACUAGCACAGCUAGGAAACUCUUUAUCCAGAUUUAUAAAUUCUAGUGAAAAUGAAGUUCAUAAAGAACAUUUAAAGGACAUUCCAGUAGCAGAAGUUGUGAAAGGACUUCCACGUAAUGAGUCGAAAUCAUCAUUAGAUGAACUGGCUACAUCAUCAAGUAAGAAUAUCAUGGUACCAAAGGACAAACUGCCUCUGUCUCGCACAAGGAGUCUCACUUUGGAAGAUCUGAAGGAUGAAAAACUCAAGACAUUGCAAGUGCCAGCUGAUAAUCAGUCUGAUACCAGCUCAAGAAACCUGUCCCCAGACACAAGUCUUGAAGGGGACCAGGGGGAGGAGGUCACAAAGUCAAAAUCUAUUGACAUUAGAAGGAAGUACACCCCGGGUGAUGUAGCUGCAGAGCUUGGUGCCACAUCAUAUUCACAAGAAGUGUAUGACAAGGCUGAUAAACAUGAGACGGAUCUUAAUGAAAAAGAUGAUGCAUGGGCUGAGCUUGCAAAAGAAACAGAUCCUGGGGUUGUCUCCCUUAUCUUGUGGGAGUGGCUUGACCAUCUAAAGGAACCUAUUCUACGGACCCAGGAUCUCAAAAGCAUACUGCCCUAUAAAGAUGACCCUGAAACUGGACUGCAGAAAUUGGAGAAGGGUUCUCGAAACACUAUCCUAUACAUGGUGAAGGUGAUAGAGAAACUGCGACCUGUCAGUGAGGAUGUUGAGGCAAAGAUCUACGAGAAACUGAUGUCCUAUCUGACUCAACAAUGGGUAACUGCAAAUACUGACUAUAUGAGUACGACGGAGAGCUCCUGGGCCAUGUCGACACGAGACAGUAAUGAUGACCGUGAGAAUUGUCGUGAUCACUGGAAUGACAUGAAGCAAAACGUAGCUAGAGAUCUCAUGCUGUUCUUCAAAAACCUGCAAGCUUUCGUGCAGUCUUCAGACAGACAACGUUCAACAACUAAGUAA